CAGCUUUCCAGCGAUCGGCAGCUCCUCGAUCGUUUCGAAGCUCCAAUCCGCCCGGCCGCCUCCGCCUGUUGCCACUAGCUAGGUGAUCGAUCGAAUGGACUGCGGUGGCGCGCUGCAGCUCCCGCCUGGGUUCCGCUUCCACCCCACCGAUGACGAGCUGGUGAUGUACUAUCUCCUCCGCAAGUGCGGCGGCCUGCCGCUCGCCGCGCCGGUCAUCGCCGAGGUGGAUCUCUACAAGUUCGACCCAUGGCAGCUCCCAGAGAAGGCGUUCGGUGGGGAGAAGGAGUGGUACUUCUUCUCGCCGCGCGACCGCAAGUACCCGAAUGGCUCCAGGCCUAACCGGGCGGCCGGGACAGGGUACUGGAAGGCCACCGGCGCCGACAAGCCGGUAGGGUCGCCGCGCCCCGUGGCCAUCAAGAAGGCGCUCGUCUUCUACGCCGGGAAGCCGCCCAAGGGCGUCAAGACCAACUGGAUCAUGCACGAGUACCGCCUCGCGGACGUCGACCGCUCGGCCGCCGCACGCAAGAAGACCAACAACGCGCUCAGGCUGGAUGACUGGGUGCUGUGCCGGAUCUACAACAAGAAGGGUGUUAUCGAGCGGUACGACACAGUGGACGACGACGACGGCGACGGCGCCGUGGCCGAAGACGUCAAGCCGGUGCCGGCGCCGGCGGCGUCGAAGAACCCGCGUGCCAGUGCCCGCGUAGGGGCAGCAGCGGCGGCGCCGAUGAAGGUGGAGCUCCCCGAGUACGGCGGCGGCUACUACGACUACGACGACCUGGAGACGCCGUCGGCGGGGAUGCUGUGCUUCGACCGCCCGUCGGCCCCGGCGCCCGCGGACCGCGACUCAAACAACUCCGUGCCGUGGACGACGCACCACACGCACACGGACAACUCCAGCAGCGGCUCCGAGCGCGUGCUCUCGCCGUCGCCGGACCUGCCCGACCGCGACCACGCCGAGAGCCAGCCCGCCGCCGCCGCCGCCGCCGCCGGGUGGUGGCCUGUCGGAGGCGACUGGGGCAGCGCCGCCGAGGACGGGUUCAUGGUCGACGUCGACGUCGACGACGGGAGCUCGCUGUUCGGGCCGCUGUCCCCGGGGCUGUUCGCGCGCGUCGACGCCGCCGCGUUCGGCUUCGGCGACAUGCUCGCGUCGUACCUGCACAAACCGUUCUGAUGCAACGCGACGCGACGCGAGCGCGGCCACCCCGCGCCUGCGUGCUCCUCUAGGCCACUGACCACUGACAUGGACAUUCUGGUCGUCGUGUAGCUCGGUUCAGGACGAAUCGAGAGCCGGCCGGUCUAGGUGUAGUGCUGCGAAACCAACACCACCGUGCAGGCACACUCUCCGCGGGCGGCAGAUCGACGGACAAUCCUGCGCCCGUAGGUAUAUACCGGUCGUCGAUCAGGUGUUCAUCAGUUCUUCAUUCAUUCAGGUCGACGUGCAACUGGUAAUUGUACAAGAUCUUGGGCAGCUGCCGUAUGGAGAUCGAUGAGUGCCGAGUUAGCAUGGAGGACGACUGGUGGUCAUGGUUGGUACAGAGCUAGCUAGCCGUCCGAUCGGGUAUCGGAUUAAUCUGAUUGCCAGUUUUGUUUUUUUUUGGUCGCGUCAAGUAGCUGACAUCUUAAGAAUGAAGCCUACUGGAUUCAGAGGCCUGUUGAUGGUAAUGGUAUGGUGUAUGUAUAUCGUCUAGUUUAGUCUAGCCUAGCUGUACUUAGAAUUGGUUCAGGUUGGUGGCAAGCAGAGCGCUGUAAUUUUUGUUGAGUGUUUAUGCACUAUAAUUGCAACGUCA